AUGCUCAACUCUUCAGAAUAGGCUGCCACAUCAACUUUAAAUGAUAAAUUGGAGGAUCUAAAGAAAAUAAUGAAGCAAUAUUAAAAGUAUACAUCCGAUUCAUAAAACGAAUUUGAGUAACAUUUUAAGAAAUAUGGACCAUUCAAUAAAUAAUACUCUUAGUAGAUUUCAUUAACAGUUAAUGAUCCAAUUAGCUUAGGUAUUUUACUAUAUUUAAAUCAAGGAUAAAAUUUGAUGGAAUUCAUCUAGCUCUUUGAAUUAAUAUCAAAAACUACUCUUUCAUAAUGUUCAGAAUUUUCGUAAUUCUUUUCUCAAAGUAUCGAGCAAUAUAAUGAGAAGAUGAGUAUUUUCACCAAAAUAAUAACAGAUGGUAAUUUCUAAUAGUCUUAAUAACUUGCUCAACAUAGAUAAAAUUGGAAAAAAGCCAAAGAUAAAUAUGAUAAGCUAUGUAAGGAGAUAGAAGUGACAUUGAGUUCAAGUAAAAAGAAUUCAGGAGAUGCCUUGACUGGAUAUGAUCUCAACAUAUCCCAAAAAAACGAUUAGAAAUUGAAGGAAUUAGUUAAACAAGUAGAUCCUGCAGAAUAGCAAUAUAAGGAUGCUUUUGAAAUUUUGACAAUCAAAACGAAGGAAUUCAAUUAAGCUAUUGAUGAUUCUAGAUAGUAAUUAAUUCAAGCUCAUUAAUCGACCUAUUAAAGAUUUGUAGAAAUUGCAAUUAAACUUGAUCAACAUAAGUUAUCAGCCAAUUAUUAGAUUAAAGCUUAGAUUCAUGAAAAGUAGGAAAAGAUCUUAACUAUGCCAAAAUAUGAAUACGAAAUUGAAGAUCGAAUAAUUACAUCUAAAUAUGAAUAGGAUAACUAAUUUAGAUACAUUAAUACCAUGAAUAAAAUAAUUGAAAAAAAACCAAUAACAGAUGCUGAAUAUACAAUGUUUCCAGAUAUACUUCACAAACAUAUUGAUGCUCAAUUGAAUUUUAUCAAUGAAAGACUCAAAAAUCAAAAGGCUCUACCAAGUUAUCUAGUAGAAAUAUCCAAUCAAAUGGAUGCAGUAUCAAAAAAUUUAUAAAAGUCAAUCAAAUCAGCAUUAUAAUUUAUUUAAGAUAAAUCAGACAAAGAUAAAUCAAACUUCAUCAAACCAAUUCUAUAAGUUUAAGAAUUAUUAGUUAAAUAAAAUGAUUAAUAUUCUAAAAAGUAUUCAUCUUAAUCAUAAUUUAUUUAAUUGAAAGCUUAAGGUCUAGAUUAGUUGAUAAAGGAACAAAAGAUUUAAGAAAAAAGCUUUUUAAACAUGUACCAAAAGAUGCUAAAAGAUUUUUAAGCCUUCAAAUAAUAAAUGUUAGAAAAUGAGUCAAAACCAUAAGUUAAAGAAAAUUACCUUUAAUAAUUAAAAAAAUCUAUUUAAGAGAAUUGUACUGCUAUUAAAUUCUCCAUUGAUUAGAUUAGAGCUAACGAAUUCCAAAGAUCUAGUCAUUUUAUAUAAACUAUAGAGUAAAUAAUUAGUCACUAUUCUACAUUUAUGGAAGAAAUUAUAUCAUAAAUAAAAUAAUAGGAUGAAACUCUAUCUUAAAUUUAGGAAAAGAUUGGAUAAACUGAUUAUGGAACAAUUAUUAACACUAAGCUUGAAAAAAUAGAUUUGAAAUUCUAAAAGAACUUCGAAAUGACUGAUGAAAUCAAAUCUAAAAUAGAAACAGCUAAUUUACUAUAACAAUAGGAAGAAAGUGAAAGUGAUGACAUUAACUUAGAGGAAGGUUCUGUCAAAAUUUCUUAAAAACUGAUUGAAAAGUUUAGAAUCUUAGAUGGAGACAAAUGUAUUGCCAGUUAUGCAUGUGCAUUCGAUAAUAAAAUUCUAUUGUAAGGAAGGAUGUAUAUUUUUUCAUCUAAAGUUUGUUUUCACUCAUAUUUUAAUGGAAAAACUCUAUUUGGGACUACUGCUUUAGGCAUUCCUUCAAUUGAUAUAUAAAGUAUUAGAAGAACUAAGGCAUAUAUGGUAGACGCAGCACUUGAAUUUAAAACAUCAAAAGGAACCUUAGUCUUUGCAAGUUUAUCGAAUAGAGACAGAACAUUGGCAAGCUUGAAACAGGUAAAAGGAUUAGAACAAGGAAUUAUUGAAGAAAAAACAGAAAAUGACCCAGAAAGAAAUACACAGUCACCUAUUUUAGAAUCAUAACUAUUAGCUAAACCUUAAGAUAAAUAAUCAGGAAUGAGAAGUCCUUCACCAAAACCUUAAACCAGUUUCACAGAAGCUAUAAAUUUAAAGAGUUUAGAUUAAUCAAAUGAUAAAUUAUAAUAAAUUGAUAGGAGCCCUAAAGGUUAAAUUGCCUAAUAAUAAUAAUAAUAAUAAUAGUAAUAAUAAUAAUAAUAAUAACCUAUAAUUUAAUUAUAGCAAAUUCCUUAAAUAAUAAUUAAUGAACCAACCUAACAAAUAUAGGAAAUGAAGUCUUCUCCUGAAUCUUCUUCCUAAUAGAAAUUAAAUUAAACUACAAAUUCAUAAGUAACAACUGAAAAAAAAUAACAAUAAUCUGAAAGUUAAGAAUAAUCUAAUCCUGCUUUACCCAAGGUUUCUCAAUUUGAGGUUGAUAAGAAUAAUAGUCUAUAUAAUGAAAUAAUGAUUUAAAAUAAAUAGAAUAGAUUCAUGAAUUAAGCUAACAUCGUUAAAUUCAAAAUUCAAUUGAAGGUGACAGUUACAGAAUUUAUUGAUUUCUUUUUAUUAGAUACUCCUUAUGAAAAUUGUCUUUCAUUUCCUCAUUACUAUUAACAAGUGUUAUGUUAGGAUAAGGAGGUUGAAUUUAAAAAAUAUUAACCAUAACCUUAACUUGGAUAGAUUUCAAAAAGAACAAUUAAUUUUAUUCAUCCAGUUAAAGAAAAACAAAUGUUUGCACCAGAUGUAGUUCAUUGUUUUGCAGAAGACAUUCUAUAUUAUUUUAAUCAAGAUGAAAUUUUGAUAGAAAAGGAAGUCAAAUUUGCUAAAAUACCUUAUGCAGACAGUUUUUGUUGCAGAGUAUUUUGGCAUAUCCAUUAAAUAGAGGGUGGUGGAUGUCAGGUAAAUUAUGGAUUUUAUAUUCAUUUUAUGAAAUCAACUGUUUUUAAAAGUAAAAUUGAAAGUGGAAGUAAAAAAGAAAACACUGAAGUUUGGGAGAAAUGUUUGAAAUAAAUAUACGAAGAAGGGCAAAAUAAGAUAAUAGCUAAAAGAAUAUAGAGUGAGAGAUCCCAACCAAAAACUGAAGUUGCAAGUUUGUUUUCAGCAGAACCUCAAGUUGAAAAAGUAAUUUAACAAAGGGAAAAAUAUGAGACAUAAUAGAUAAAUUUAGAAGAAUUGUAGUAAGAAUCUUAAAUGUUAACAAAUAAUUAAACUAAGUAAUAAAAUUAAGAAUUAUUGAUUGAUAAAAAAAUUAAGGAUGAUGUUAUUGAUAAAUAGCAAAUAUUAUCUGGCUAAAUAGAGUUGAAUUCAAAAUUAGAUAAAUUGAUUCAAUUAUCCUAUGCGCUAAUUGGUAUUUUAAUAAUUAAUGUUUUGCUUACAUUAGGAAAAUGA